CAUCAUCACAAACAUAAGAAGCAGCGCAGUAAGAGACGUGAAGACCGUUCACGAUCGAGGACACCAAGUCUAAGUGAUGACAGUCUUUCGGAUGUUGAGCAGCUGUUGAGCCUCAAGGAUGAAGGCGCAGCAUUCCAUUCUCAGAGAGGUUCUCCUCCGCCAAAGCCUCCCAAGUCAGUCCCCGCUCCACCACCACCUCAGCCGCCAAGUGGAGGAGGAGGUGGUGGAGGUGGAAGUGGAGACAUUUCCCUUUCCAUUGAGGAGACAAACAAGAUUCGUGCCAAAUUGGGAUUGAAGCCAUUAAAGGUUGAGAACGCUGUUGCAAAGACAGAAGGAGAUGAUGAGGAAGGCAAGGGUGAUGACCCUGAGGGUGUCAAGGAGCAGAAGGCAGGCACGGCCACAUUGGAUGAGUUUGUACAUAAACCUGCAGAGAACCUAGCUCAGAAGUUACAGGUAGAGAAAUUGAGAGAAAAGAUAGCACUACAGAGAGAAAAACGUCGCAUUAAAGAAAAGCUGAAGAAAGUGAAGACUCUUGGAGAAUCUGAGAGUGAUGACGAGUCUGCCAGUGCUUGGGUUAAGAAGUCAAGAAUAAUCGAAAAGGAAAAAGCUGCAGCAGAGAAGAGGAGCAAGAUGCUGGAGGAAUUGGAUGCGCAGUUUGGUAUCGGAGACUUGGUUGAAAAGGAGAUGACUGAGCAGAAGACCAAGAAGUACAAUCGUGGUGACCUGUCGGGGAUGCUGAUUGAGCACGAGGUGAAAAGGUUUGAGGAAGGUCGAACAACUAUUUUAACCCUCAAAGACAGCAAUAUCUUGGAUGAUAAAGAAGAUACCCUUGUAAAUGUUAACAUGGUUGAUGAUGAGCAUGUGGAGAAGAAUCUCAAACGAAGAUUGAAGAAGACUGAUGACAAAGAAUAUGAGGCCCCAGAAGUAGAUGAAUUUGGGAACAUUGUCCAGAAUUCUCUCCUCACCAAAUAUGAUGAAGAAAUUGAAGGCGAGAAGAAAACAAGCUUCAGAUUGGGUACUGGUGGGGAGUCUUCUGCUGCUGAUAUCGAAGAGAACCAAAGUGGCAUUCCUCCUGGCAUGAGAAAGAUGGCCAAGUUAAGGCAGCUACAGUCCCUAGAUUUGCCCCAGACACAGCUAGCCUCCGAGUACUUCACAGAGAAGGAAAUGGUGAGUUUCCGCAAGGUUAAGAAGACCAAGAAAAAGAAGAAAAAGAAGUUGACUGCAGAUGACUUGGAGCCUCUUGAGGAGGACUCACUGGUGCACCUCGGAUCCAGAACUGCCAGACAUGCCAGGAUUGAGGCCAUGCAGGUGGAUAAGGAGGAUGAGGAUGAGGAUGGAGUGCCCCUAGAGGAACCCAAACCCACUGGAUGGAAAACAGUGACGCUGCAGGAUCUACUUGAGGAAGAAGAACAGCCGUCUGUAAAGGAGGAGGCAAUGGAGGUGGAAGAUGGUCAGGAGAGCGAGCAAGAUGACAUAGAACUCCAAGAGGCUUUGGCCAGGUCUCGCAGGGCUAAGCUUGCACAGGCAGCUCAGCCGAGCAGUGAGAGAAUCACAGAGCAGUUGAAAAAGGAAAAGGUUGUAGAACAGGUAGAACCAGAGGAUGACGCAAUGAAAGAGGACGCUGCAAAUCUCGUCAUGACUCUCAACACCACCGAUGAAUUUUGCCGCACACUAGGAGACAUACCUACUUAUGGUCUGUCGGGAAAUCGUGCAGAAGAGGACCAAAGUAUGCUGCAACUCCAGCAACCAAAAGAAAAGGAAGCCCAGGAACCACGAGGAGCUUGGGAGGAAGUAGGCAUUGACGACACUCGUGUGGAAAUCACAGACCACAUGACGGCCCCAAUCUUGGAGGAGGAGCCUGAUGCCAGCAAGGGUGUUGCCAAUGCCUUGAAGUUAGCUCUCAAGAAGGGUUACUUGGAGAAAACUAAUAUAUCCAAGUCUGCUAAUGCUGCUUUGCAACAUCUCAGAGCAGUUCACUACAGCAUUGAAGACAAAGCAGUGGACGAUGAUCGAAGGGGAAGUCGAGGUGAGCGAUACAUUGGGCCCGUCACUGAGUUCAAGGAGAAGGACAAGUACAAGCCAGAUGUAAAAUUGGAGUACGUGGAUGACGAGGGACGCAAACUCAAUGCCAAAGAAGCUUUCAGGUAUUUGUCCCAUAAAUUCCACGGGAAGGGGUCAGGAAAGAAUAAAACAGAGAAACGAAUGAAGAAGUGGAACGAAGAGCUACUGAUGAAACACAUGAGUUCCUCCGACACGCCACUGCAGACACUGGAGCGCCAGCGAGAAAAGCAGAAACAGCUAGGAGCUGCUUAUCUUGUUUUGUCUGGGAGCAAGACACAGGAGUCCAUGGAUGUCAAGAAGUGAUAGGAAUUGGGUUAUAGAAUGCAUAUAUAUAUUUUUUUCCUUUGUUCAAACCUUUUCUUGUCUUCUGCUCAUUUUUUCUUAUUAGUUCAUGGCUUCUUUAUAUAUAUAUAUAUAUAUAAAAAAAUUUACUUCUUGUCAUAUUGUCUUAUGUGGAUGAAACUUCAGUUUCGGUUUUCCAUCACAUAUAGAACUUAAAAAAAAAACUAAAAAAAACAAGAUGAAUUGGAAACUGUAAAUAUUUUUGGCAACAAGAAUAAUUGUUAGAAAGUCAUGUGAUUUUACCUUGACAGAGUCUGAAGUUAGACUACUAUGUAUUUUUGAACAAGGCAAAAAAACAAAACAAACAUUAAUGAUGAAUAAAUUAGGCAUACUGGAGGGAUAUACUUAUUAGCCAAAUACAAGGUUUAAGUAUGUUGAACCUUCAUUUUUGAGGGGGGGAGUUUGUGUUAUUUGUAUUUAUAAUUUUAGGUUCCAUGUUUAAGAAAACUUGACUAAUAUAAAGAAAAAACAAUUCA